CACCAACCUCUCGACGGCAUCUCCCACCCGCAAAUAUGCAUCUCAUGUAUCUUCCUGAGGCUAACGGCUCCGGCCGGCGCUACACCCUGAAGAAAGUCAUGGACGGGAAGGUGACCAAGUCGGCGCACCCUGCGCGUUUCUCGCCCGAUGACAAGUGGUCGCGGCACCGGAUUGCUAUUUGCAAGAGGUUCGCGGUGCUCCUGGCUCAGAAGACGUUCAGGACAAGGAGCGUCGACAAGCUCGCCCAACUUUAA